UCCCCCGCGCCGCGGUGGUAGAGGCUGGGGACUCAGCGACGUCCGGCUCCGCCUCCUCCCCUCGCGCCGUUGGUACAUCCCGGGAUCGCCCGGCAGCCGGCGCAGGAGUCGGUGCAGUCCGGGGUCUCCCCCCGCGCCCGCCUCGGUGGUAGAGGCCGCGGUCGCCCCGGUCGCCAGCGCUGCCGUUGUCUCGGUCGGACGUCGCUGCCGCCGCCGCCGUCUCUGGGCGCUCCGUGUCUCCUCUGAUAGUGUAUGAGUGAUCUAUAACCCUGAGCCCGCCAUGUCCACUCCGGCCCGUAGGCGCCUCAUGCGGGACUUCAAGAGGCUGCAGGAGGAUCCCCCGGCCGGGGUGAGCGGGGCCCCCUCCGAGAACAACAUCAUGGUGUGGAACGCCGUCAUCUUCGGGCCCGAGGGGACCCCGUUCGAGGACGGAACUUUCAAACUUACAAUAGAAUUCACAGAAGAAUAUCCGAAUAAGCCACCUACUGUUAGAUUUGUCUCUAAAAUGUUUCAUCCGAACGUCUAUGCGGAUGGUAGUAUAUGUCUGGAUAUUCUUCAGAAUCGUUGGAGUCCUACUUACGAUGUCUCUUCCAUCUUAACAUCCAUACAGUCUCUAUUGGAUGAGCCAAAUCCGAACAGUCCAGCCAACAGCCAGGCAGCUCAGCUAUACCAAGAGAAUAAGAGGGAAUAUGAAAAACGGGUUUCUGCAAUAGUAGAACAGAGCUGGCGUGACUGUUGACCCAGGAUGAUGCAAAUGAACACUCUUGAUGAGGAAAAUAAACAAAGUGUCUGAGGCAUCUUUUUCCUCCUAGCAUUUACUUUGAAAGCAGAAUAGCUGUUGUGCUGUUGCCACCCUCCCUUGCUGAAGCUUCUUCUCCUUGGACAUCAGAAAGCACCCACUUUGAAGUCAAAUGUUCUGUACUUGGGUUACUUGCAAAAGAGUUACUGAUGCUGAAUUCAUUUCUGUGGUCCCUCUCCAGUCUUAGGGCAGUAUUGUGCAUUUCUGUAGUGUACACUAAGCUUUUAAUUGUAAUUGUGUUAUACACAGUGAUGCUUAUGUAUAGCUUGAUAAAAGGGAUGUUUAUAUACAUACACAUUUUUUAACUGAUAUUAACUAAAGUGCUGAUCUGUCCAGGCUGGUCAUUUACCUCUACUGUUGGUUUAGACCCCACUGCAUUUGUAAGUACUGAAUGAAGAAAUAACCUUGUUUCCCUUUUGUAUUGGUUUAUCAACUCCUUACUGAUAAAACAAUUCUUAAAUUGAUUCAAAUUCCAGUAUUUAGGAAGACCAUGGAAUGCGAUUUACUUCUGCACUUCACAUGCAAGAUUUAUGUACAGAUACACAUAAAUCACUACAGCUGUGGUACUUUGCUUAGGGUGAGAAUCAACCCCCCCUUUUUAAAUUUCAUUUUAAAGGAUGUGCCUCCAGAGACUGCUUCAUUAAGUUUCUCUGGUCCUGUCUGAGACAUUACUGGACAAAAGCAGGUAGAGCUGGGGCACUCUGGGCAAAAGACCUUCCACAUUAAGGAAGAGGUAAAUCCUGGAGUGUUCCAGCAGUGGAAUUACUCUCCUUUGUUGUCUUUCUGCCACCCCUUAAGUUUGAAUAAAGUACGGGGUAGGCACUUGAGUCUCUGCAGUUUCUGCUCUUUGUAGAUUACUGUGUGGUUUGUGUGAGCUACUGCUGCAUGCUUGAGUUAGUUUCCCUUCAGUUUUAUGAAAGUAUUUUUUCAACUCUGAAAAAAGAAACAAACAAAAACAUUUGUAAGUCCAGACUCACUUUUUUUGUAAGGCUAAGUUUGUACAUUUGGAUACAGUACCUUAAGCAGCAGUGUGGGAUGGAACCUGCCCUUGUGUUGUCCACUGGUCCAGUGUCUUUUGUGUGCACAUUGGUCUGUUAGUUGAGUUUAACUUUGCACAAGUAACCCAUGUAAGAAACUGUACAUUUUUCAAAAGUUGUAAAUAAAGUGUAACCUUAGUGCUUAUUGUAUAAAUAGGCAA